AUGUCUAUUGAUAAAUCAAAAAUGGUCACCAGAUUAGGUAAAUCUGGUUUAAAAGUCAAUACCGUUGCUGUCGGAGUCAUGAGAUUAGGUUCCAAUUGGAUGGGUUCAAAUGGUGACAUCGAUGAAUGCUUAAGGAUUUUGAAAUUUUGUUAUGAUAAUGGAUUUCGUACUUUUGAUACCGCUGAUGCUUACUCGAAUGGGAAAUCUGAAGAAUUAUUAGGUUUAUUUAUUAAGAAAUAUAAUAUCCCACGUGAAAAAAUUGUUAUUUUAACUAAAUGUUAUUUCCCAGUCAAAGAUUCUACUGAAGAAGGUUGGGGUGAAGUUGAUCCAAUUGAUUUUAUGAAUGGUAAAGGGUUAAGUAGAAAACAUAUUUUGGCUGCAGCUGAAGCAUCUGUCAAACGUUUGGGUACUUAUAUUGAUGUUUUACAAAUUCAUCGUUUGGACCAUGAAGUCACCUAUGAAGAGAUUAUGCGUUCAUUGAAUGAUGUUGUUGAAAAAGGGUUGACGAGAUACAUUGGUGCUUCAUCAAUGAAAACUUGGGAGUUUAUUGAGUUGCAAAAUGUAGCUAAAGCCAAUGGUUGGCAUCAAUUUAUUUCUAUGCAGAGCCAUUACUCCUUAUUGUACCGUGAAGACGACAGAGAAUUAAAUGAUUAUUGUAAAAAACAUGGUAUUGGAUUAAUUCCAUGGUCUCCAAAUUCUAGUGGUGUAUUAUGUCGUCCUUACAAUUCGGAAAAGACUCAAAAAUUCUUAGAGAAUAAACAAUGGGCUAGUGUUUUUGGAUUGGAUAAUGUUAGAGAAGCAGAUAAGAUUAUUGUUGAUAGAGUUGAAGAAUUAAGUGUCAAAUAUAAUGCUUCAAUGAUGCAAAUCUCUUUAGCUUGGUGUAUGGCCAAAGGUGUGAUUCCAAUUGCUGGAGUUUCUAAAUUUGUUCAAGCUGAAGAAUUAGUUGGUAUCUACAAUGUUGAUUUGACUGAAGAGGAUAUUAAAUAUCUCGAUGAACCAUAUCACGCCAAAAAUGUAGCACCAAAUAUUGUCUAA